UAUCAGUAUAUCAGUAUAGCAGUGUAUCAAAUGUUUACCAAUUUCAAAAAAAAAGGUUCGAAUUUUGGAGAUAUCAAUUUUCCUGACUAGUUGGAAUAGCUUAAUCUCAUCAAUAAUUAACUAGUCUAUAAUUAAUUAUGAAGUUUAAAGCUGUUAUGUAUGAAUCUCUCAGUAUGAAAAACCUUUCGUUUUUAGGAAAUACUUUGAAUAAAUUAACGAAGAAUUGUGUUUUAAGAUUAACCAAAGCUGAAAUGUCUUUUCUUGUUUGUGAAGAAAACUCAUCACCCAAGCAAAUAUCACUUUGGUGUUUUAUAGAUGCUAGACAAUAUUUUAAUGAAUUCAUUGUGGAAGCAAUGGGGCCUACAUGUGAAAUUUUCCUGGAAUUUCCUACAGAUAUGUUUUCAUCAUCGCUCAGUAGUUUGAAAACUGGCAAUAGUAGUCCUAGAAGUGUAAAAAUUAAACUUACUAAUAAAGUAUCACCUUGUUUAACUGUGGAUAUUGAUUUGGUAUCUGAUAUUGGUAUGUCUAGAACAUGUGUUCAUGAUAUUCCUGUAAAAGUUUUACCUCGGCUCUUAUGGAGUGAAUAUAAUGACCCUCCUAGUCAUAACUAUAAUAUUAUAAUUGAAUUGAAAAACUUGAAAAAAGUACGAAGUGUUGUUGAGAGGUUAAAAAAAUUAUGUUCUUAUGUAGAAUUAAAACCAUCAAAUGAUGGCCUACUCUCUGUCAGUGGUUCCACCCAAACUGUUACAGUUAAUACAAUCUUCAAGAACGUAUUACUGAUUGAAGCAGCAGGUGAUGCAGAAAGCAAUGUUAGAGUUGAUGCAAAGAAGCUCUAUUCUCUGUUAUGCUGUGAAGUACUCAAUCCUAAAAAAAUUUCAUGCUCCUUCUUGGAAAGUAAAUUGGUACAUUUCAUUCUGUACUGUGAUUUAUUUAUGGUACAUUUCUAUUUAACAACAAUUGAAGAAUGAAAUCAAUUUUAAUGAAGAAUUUUUUAUACCAAUGAAAAGAUGAGAAACGACCGACUCAGGAGUGAGGUAUGCAAGGCGCUUAGCUGAAUGAAAAGUUAAAAGAGGAUUUAGAAAGUGAAAAGUGGAUAAAGAAGAG